AUGGACAAGUUCCGGAUGAUUUUCCAGUUCCUGCAGUCCAACCAGGAGUCCUUCAUGAACGGCAUCUGCGGCAUCAUGGCACUGGCCAGCGCCCAGAUGUACUCUGCCUUCGAUUUCAACUGCCCCUGCCUGCCCGGCUACAACGUGGCCUACAGCGCGGGCAUCCUGCUGGCGCCCCCACUCGUGCUCUUCCUACUCGGCCUGGUCAUGAACAACAACGUGUCCAUGCUGGCUGAAGAGUGGACACGGCCCCCGGGCCGCCGGGCCAAAGACCCUGCCGUGCUGCGCUACAUGUUCUGCUCCAUGGCCCAGCGGGCCCUCAUCGCUCCCGUCGUCUGGGUGGCUGUCACACUGCUGGAUGGCAAGUGCUUCCUCUGUGCCUUCUGCACUGCCGUGCCUGUGACUGUGCUGGGCAACGGCAGCCUGGCGCCUGGCCUGACCCCACCUGAGCUUGCCCGCCUGCUAGCCAGGGUGCCCUGUCCUGACAUCUAUGAUGGCGACUGGCUGCUGGCCCGAGAGGUGGCCGUGCGGUACCUGCGCUGCAUCUCCCAGGCACUGGGCUGGUCCUUCGUGCUGCUGACCACACUGCUGGCAUUCGUGGUGCGCUCUGUGCGGCCCUGCUUCACACAGGCCGCCUUCCUCAAAAGCAAGUACUGGUCCCACUAUAUUGACAUCGAGCGCAAGCUCUUUGACGAGACAUGCACGGAACACGCCAAGGCCUUCGCCAAGGUCUGUAUCCAGCAGUUCUUCGAGGCCAUGAACCAUGACCUGGAAUUGGGUCACGCCCACGGGGCGCUGGCCACGGCCCCUGCUGGCUCGGCUGCCCCAGCGACCACCGAUGGUGCUGAGGAGGAGAGGGAGAAGCUUCGUGGCAUCACGGAUCAAGGCGCUGUGAACAAGCUGCUCAUGAGCUGGCACAAAUGCAAGCCGCCCCUGCAGCUGGGCCAGGAGGAGUCGAUGAUGGGCAACGGCUGGGCAGGCGGCGGGCCCCGGCCUCCGCGCAGGGAGGUGGCCACCUACUUCAGCAGAGUGUGA